AUGAAAGGUUCAAAAGGACGCAGCAUGAAGCACACACAUUUUAUUCAUUGUGAAGAUCAAAGAAGUCAAGAGCAUAAGAAAAUUGUACGGGACAGACUGGAGGGUAAUACUAAUAAUAGUUUUAGGACAAGGGAGAUUCCAAUAAAGAGGUUGUUCAAUGUAGGGCAUUUUACUAAUGCUUCAGAGGACGUGUCAAAGUUUAGCAAGGGAAAGAACUUUUCAGCAGGAAUGAAUGUCAUGGACUAUGAUUUACCUGAGCUGGUUGUUUUUAUUCAAGAGGACCAUGAGCAGUUUGUCAAGGACAGUUGCAUUGGUAGGGGAGUGCCACCAGAAGACAAGUGUCUCUCAGAAGAUUGUGCAUUAGAUCAUGAUAUAAUGUCAUGUCACUUUGAGUCUAACAUGAAUAGAAGAAGCGAUUCAAAUCUAGGGACUAUGGAAGCAUUUUCAAUCAAUUCUAAUAGACCAGAAUAUGGCUCUAAACAUCUUUCCCUUAAGGAUGCAAUGGAGUUUUAUGAUUCAAGAGCUUUAGUGAUUGAUGUUGAAGGUGAUUCAGGAUACAAGAUUUUAACUGAUCACCCCACAAAGAAGACAACACCGGAGACCCUUAGAGAGGCAUUAACAAAGGAAGCAUACGUUUCAAGAUCUCUCAAGAAUUGGCAAAUAAAUUCAUUUUUGGGUACAGUUGGCAGCAGAGUGGAGUUUCCAUGUUGUGCAGAUUGUGUGCAAGUUGCUGACACUAUCAUGUGUAGAUCUGCGAUUAGUAACUCACAAAGUCCAACAGGUUUAGGAAAAAGACAAGAAAAUGAUCCUCCAGAGACUUGUUCCUGUGCUGUAGGCCCUCAAUCUAGUGGUCCAACAUCAUAUGCAGCUCCUGCAACUAGCAGUGCCUCUCAUCACUCUAAUGACAGCAUAAGCAGCACACAUUCAUUUGCAUUUCCCAUAUUACCUGAAGAAUGGAAUGGAAGCCCGGUGAGAAUGUUGGAAGCUGAUAAAAGUCAAAUAAGAAAGGACUUAUGGCAGAAGAAAAGACUCAUGUUCAAGUUUGAAUUAGAGUUCUCAGUCUCCCUCAAGACUUAUAAAACUAGAUCAUUUGGAUCUAACAAUAAUGCCUUUGGUUGUCAAAUAUGUGAGCUUGGUAAAAUAAAAGUGGGGAGAUCAAGUCCUAUCACUGUGCCAUCACCUCAUCUCCACCCCCACCCAGUCCCAAAACUAGCCACCACUUUCCACGCCCAAACCCAACACAACACACCCCUCAUCCAUCACAUUCAUGUCUUGUCACCUAUGCCAUUUGCCUACGUUUCCCACUCACCAUUUAGACCCUCAUCACUCACGCCACGUGGAGUCAUCAUCCUCGAUAGAUUCCAUUCCAAAUAUGCUUGA